AGAUUAGGCCAAUUUCCGAAAUUAUAUAUGUUCAACCCCCCUGCUGGCCAUGACGGGGAUUGUGUUGGACAGUAGAAAGAGAGAGAGAGAGAGUGAAAAUGGAGACUGUGGGAGUAUUUGGAGGUACCCGAUUAUCCGUCUCCUCAUCCCUUCGUCGCUCCCCCGCCGGCGCUUUCCCCUGUAAGAAGCUGAACCUUCGGGCCACCGCCCAGCUAGCAGCAUUCCGUUCCCCCUCCAAUUUGUUCUCCUAUUCUCCAUCCCGUGUCAAUGGCUUUCACAAGCCGCUUCCACGCAAGUCCACCAAAUCCCAUAUCUUCCUUCCUCACCUGGUCGCUUCCAUGGAACAAGUAGAGGAGACAUACAUUAUGGUCAAACCAGACGGUGUUCAGCGUGGCCUCGUAGGGGAAAUCAUAUCUAGGUUUGAGAAGAAAGGGUUUAAACUGAAAGCUUUGAAGCUCUUCCAAUGCCCCAAAGAGCUUGCAGAGGAGCAUUAUAAGGAUCUCAAAGCCAAAUCGUUCUAUCCUAAACUGAUCGAUUACAUCACUUCCGGUCCAGUUGUGAGCAUGGCUUGGGAAGGUGUUGGGGUUGUAGCAUCAGCCCGUAAGCUGAUUGGGUCAACAGAUCCUCUUCAAGCUGAACCAGGAACAAUUAGAGGGGACCUUGCUGUCCAAACAGGAAGGAAUGUGAUUCAUGGCAGUGACAGCCCUGACAAUGGAAAGCGUGAAGUUGGUCUGUGGUUUAAAGAAGAUGAAAUAUGCCAAUGGACUCCAGCUCAAGCCCCUUGGCUAAGGGAGUGAGCGUCAAAAAGAAUCAUGGAUUUUUGGAGGCCUGCAGUUUUUGUAUAAACUGUACUAUGCUGCUUUCAUUUCCUUAAUAACACUACAGCUCAACAGUAUUUGUGCCUACUGCAGCUUUGGUUUGAGAACCAAAUGUGGGAUUAAAGAUGUAGGCAACGGCAGUCUUGACAUCAUUUUGGGAAAUUGCAAUGAGUUAUGUGAGAUGCGUACUAUCCAAGAUGUUGUGUGGUCCUUUUUCUGCUUAUAUAUGCAAGAGAUGCAAAUGCUUGCUUUCUCUCUACCUUGUCUGUUGAACAAAAUAGUAAUCUGUUUGGUCGGAGUCGAUCCACACCAGAUUUUUGGUGCAUUUAGAACCCCUAAAUCUACCAUAGACUUAAACAUGGUGGAUGAGCUUGGGCAAAAUAUGUCAUUGCCUUUCAUAAGCAAUAUUUUUGAUAGAAUGAGUACAAGAAUACAAGAUCAAGUAGGGUUUGCCUUCGUAAGCGCUGUAGAAGCAAAGGUAAAGAACUGAAACAAUGCUGAAACAUAGAAUCAGCUUCUGGGUACAAAUCAAAAUUGUACAUUUGACAAGGGAUUCAAGAACUGAAGGAUCAAUCUGCAGAAUAGCCAUUGCUGCUGCUGCUGCUGCUGCUGCCGCCUCCCAAAGUCAUAGAGGAUGGAAAACCCACAGAGCUGGGGGAGUUAUUUACAGACACACCGUAGUCCACGGUCAUUGUAGUAAUACCUCUAUCAGACGAGAUCGACUCGUCUUGUCGAGACACUUUGUACUUGGAGAAAAGUUGAAGAACUGAAACCUGGUGUUUCAGCUCGGUAGCAUCACUUGAAGAUGAAGAAAUGGUGAAAGACGCACAACUUCCAGCCGCUGUUGUCGGUGGUUGGGAAGUAGAGUUGGCGGGGUUUAGUGGGAUGGUGGAAUUGAACCCGGGAGAAGUACCGAUUGAAGGAGUCGAAGAAGAAGAAGAAGAGACGCUGUCGGUUUCGGCGUCCAUUGGAUCGUCAUCAGGGUGAGGAGGCAAGAGUACGGCACGUUGAGAACCUAGCUUGAGCUUCAUCAGCGUAGCUUCUUAGACGGAGAGAGAAUCGUCCUUUAAGAACUUGGAAUGGGACCUCUCCAUUUCCAAGCUGUCGAGCGAAGACGACGGCGGUCUCAGCCUUCCGAACAUCUUUUCGGUUCCGAAUCGCAGCGAGGCGGAGUAAGUUCCGGCGCGUCAACUUAGCUAUAGAUCGGAUCGGGUUAGGGGGAUGAGAGAGAUUAGAUCGAGCGGGGUUCUGUUUUUUCCCGCGAAUUCGAGCUUUUGG